AUGCCCUUUUGCCUGUGCUCAGAUAGCUUCCUCUUCAAUACUUUGACCAAGACUUGCGACCUGCAGGAGAUCCUGAGCCAAGACUGGCAGUCCAAACCCGUUCUGGGCAGCAUCUACGACAUGGCCGGCCCGGUCUUUUGCUCUGUGGACGUUUACAUGGAUUUUACGGCCAAAUACCCAGAUGCCGAGCUGGGAAAGCCUCGCCCUGACACCAGCACUUUGAAGGCUGCUCUGAAGGCGGGCUUAGCGUUGAGCUCGGGCCGAUAUCCCGUGUACACCGAGAAAAAGACCAACUUCUACGAGUCCGAGCCGCGGCAAGAUGGCGAUGGCCGCAAACCCGAAGAUUUUGUUCCCCUGAUCCACGUGGAUGAGAUUUUCUUGACCCAGCGAGGAGAAGACGCCCACAGCGUGAACUUCAGCGCCAUCUUGGCGCUCCCCGGGCGCCGCGCGCUCUACAUGGUGGCGCUACUGCGGGGCGAUCCUGAGGCUGCAGCCAAGCUCCACGCUGCCAUGAGUAAUUUGACCAUAAAGAUGGAACAGCAACUUCACAUCAAUCUGCCGGAAUUCCACAUCACCCACAAACGUUUGGAAAUUGUGGGCGAUUCCUGGAGAGAAAAGAUGACCGCCAUGGCCAAUAAGGAGUUCAACCUUACAGCCUGGAUCCCCAAAAAGAUCGGCGUGGACAAGAUCGGCGCCUACGAGGUGACGCCGCCGCGCUCCGCGCGGAGUGAAGGGCGUAGCCAGCGCCAGCGGGCAGCGCUCGGGCUGGGCUUUGGUGCUUUCAUUACCAUGAGCCUAGCCACCUUCAUCGUGGCUCGGAGAAGAUUGGGCUACACGAAAGUCGACUCACGACCCGGCAUGGACUCCAUUCUCCUGGCCGAAUGAGGCUAUCAUGAGUUGCCAUGGCUGCUGCCAAGAUGCACGCGCCACCCGGGUUUCACCCGCGAUUGAAACCGAAACCACGAAAUUUGUUUCACGGCGGCGCAUCUGGAGAACAGUUGGGGUAGACCAUGACCCC